GUUAUGACUUUCUGGAGACUAUUUAGUUUGCCUUUGGGGCUCCAUCGAGUCGGUACUAAGCGGAAUAAAAAAAACUGGAAUUUAGAGGCAAUGGCUGAGGGUCCAGCUCCAGUAGAGUUAGCGGAAGAGGUCAGAGAAGAUCCGGAAGAUAACAGAGUUGAUCGCUUAGUGAACCGCGAUGGAAGCCUCUCACGCUUUAGGGAUUACCUCCUGGAUGAAGAAACGUCCGAUAUGACGUUCAUUGUUGGUCCUGAACGUGUCCUGAUGGCGGCACAUCAAACAAUAAUUUCCCAUUCAUCCCUUGAGCUGGACAGGCAACUGGAGAAACAGAAUCCAGAGAAGCCAGACAUUGCCAUCCUGGACAUUUCCCCGGAUGUGUGGAUGAUUGUGCUGAAAUACAUGUAUGGUGUCCCAAUUGAGCCUCUGUUGACGCAUGAAAAUAUCCUUGGAUGCCUCAAAUGUGCUGUGAGGUACCAAAUCUGGCCACUGCGGGAUAAAUGUGCUUACUACAUUCGCUCAAAUUUGCUUCUUGUGGACGACAACGUCCCCGUCAGCAUGCUACACAGCGUCAACAUCAACGAAGCCAUUCAGCUACGUCGGCAUAUCCGUGCAAAUGGUGGGAUUAACAUUUAUACAAUUCAGUGGAGCUAUGUCUUUGAUAUAGCCUACCAUGGUUUAGCACCGAAGGUAGUGAGGCGUCUGGCUAUACUGAGUCUCCGGAACUUGAGCAACGUCCUCUUGUGUGAUAGCAUUGUUGCGUGGUUCAAGGAGGAAUGCCGGGAAAGACGAAUCCCGCGGAAUAAUAGAGAUCUCCGCACAUUCCUCAUUCGUCGGCUGCCACAUCUCAAUUUUCCCGCCAUGACCCCAGGGGAGUUCUACAGCUGCCUCGACUUCUGCGAUGAGCUCAAACUGACUCCCUCGCAGAGGGAAUUCCUUCGCGAGGAGGUACACGAAAGGAGACGUGCUGUGCUCACAGACAACAAGGAUACACAAAAGAAUCGAAGAGCUUUGCGAUCAUCCUACAUGGAUGCCAUUGUAAAGGGUCCAAAGUCGGGAAUUUUCGAGAUUCCCUUCCUGCGGAAUGUUCAGGAUCUGCAGCCAAUUAAUGCAACAACGGCGAAUCUCGAUCGUUCAGCCAUAACAUUCUCAUGCGACAAGGUGAUCAUCGUGCAUGGCUUCGGUGUGCCCGUUUUUAAGGGGCAUCCGGGUGAGAUGACGGUGGUAUUUGUCUCAAAAAAAUCACGAUUGCUGGAAAGAACAAUCUCCAGCGGGGUACGACGCAUCUUCAGCAAUACGCACGACAUUCUCUAUCUCUUCCUCAGGGAUCCCAUCCUUAUUGAGGCCAAAACAGAGUACACAAUGCACAUUAGAGCCUACAAUGGGACGUGCACCGUGAUUGGGGACUAUAUGAAUGAAUUCAAGAUAAAUGAGAUCACAUUUAGCUUCCACUCCUUCCAGGAAUCCUUUACACAUGCUAUUUUUAUGCUCUUCGAAGAUCCAAGGAUGUUCGUUGAGCAGAAUGCCCUGACUCUCCUGGAUUUGAUGGCAUUCGUUCGUCGGCCGAGCUUCUCAUCAGACAGCUCAUCGGAUUCCCUGAAGGACCUGCUUCAAGGGCAAGUUGUGUAUUUCUACAAUGCGGAUAGAAAGGCUGAAAGCCGUGCCUAAUGAUUCACCUGGAAGUACCUGAAAUGGAUGAUCCCAAAGCCUUCUUGACGAAAGAGAUGAAAUCUCAUGAAAUAUUUCGAAUAUUUCAAUAUUUUUUUUUGUAAAUUGUCUGUGUAGAGUAAUUUGUAAUGUCCUUUUUAAUUUUUAAUUGUAUCUUAUACGCCUUUAGGGGCUUCCACGAAUAAACAAAGAGAUUCACAGAA